AUGGGGAAAAGUGUCUUGGCUUUGAAGUCGGUCGUAGGUGUUGACAUUUCAGAAAAGCCUUCAAGCUCCAGCAACCUAGGACUGCAAAGCAACACGGGGUCUGAAGUAGGGUUACUUGGAAAUAGAGUGAUCACGGAUUGUGUCUUUCCUAAAGGUUUUUUUGUACAGUCGAAGGAGCUAAGUGAAUAUCCUUUUCAAGUAUCUUCUGGUCCGUUUGCUGUCUUGGAGGGUGAGUUAGAGAGGAAAGGACUUUUGUUUGAUUUGAGUCUCGGGUUGGGUGCAUGUGCUGCAUUCACUUCAACGGCAGAUAACAAGAAGAUAUUUUGCGACUUGAAUUUGGAACCAAUGGAGCAUGAAUCGUUGGGAUUACACCUGGGCUUAGGAAACGGGCCAUUAACUACGACCAGUCUAACAAUUCCUCUUGAAGUGAGUUUAACGGGUGCUAUUAGUAAUAAUUCUCUGUCUAUUGAAGAAAUUGAGCUAAAAGAAGACGAACCUGCUAGAGAUAAAUUAGGGAUCUGUUUUAGUGAGACCAUCAAUUGGAGAGUAAAAGGAAAGUUGAAAAUUCAUAAGGUUGUCAAUCAUAGAAGAUUUAAACAGAAAAGGUUUCUGAGGUUUCUGCUUCAUGGACUUUCCCCUGAGGCGAGGUCUUCUAUUCAUGAAGAGAAUUUCAAGAAGAAGGAAUUUUGUGUUUGCGACCAAGACGAUGAGAGACGAAGAUUGGAAGCUGAGACAAUCACGGAUGUUCACAUGGGUGCUCGUCUGGUGGAUUCAAUUUCUGCUGGUAAGAAUUCUAUUCAGGAAAAUCAAAAUUCUAGGGUUUUUUGUUCACAAUUUUUUGGUACUGCUUGGUUGGACGAUAAGCAUUAUGAUUCAAAGCCAUUAUCUUCUCAACUUGAAUCUUAUAUAGCAGAGCAUGUAACGAAUGAAAUUGUUCAAUUUAAUUUGAAAGGUUUGGGGACUGAAGGUAGAGAUACUGCAAUUAGCUCUGUGGUAAAUCUUGAAAAGGCAGCUGUGGUUUUUAUUCAAGAAACAAAAAUGGAUCACAUGGAUGAUUUUACAGUAAGGAGUCUAUGGGGGGUUGCAGAUAGAACUAGAAUUUGGUCUGAGUUAGAUGAGGUGAGAGCAAAGUGGCCGGAAUUACCUUGGUGUAUAGGUGGGGACUACAAUGUUAUUAGGGUCUCGUCUGAAAAAAAUACACCAAGUGCUUCAGAUGUGAAUAUGAGGCGGUUUGAUUCCUUUUUGCGAAGACAUGAGUUAUGCGACUUACCACUGAAUGGAGGGCUAUUUACCUGGUCAAAUAUGCAAAUUCCACCUAUUUUAUGCAGAUUGGAUAGAUUUGUUGUUAGUGGGGAGUGGGAGGACAAGUUCCAUUUAAUGGCUCAAUGUGUUCUCACACGGACGGUAUCAGAUCAUUCUCCAUUGUCUCUACGAAGUGGUGGUAUCUUAUUUGGUCCCUUUCCUUUUAAGGUUGAAAUUUUCUGGUUAGAGCAUCCUAGUUUCAAAGAUCUGAUGUUUUUUUGGUGGAAUAGCAUGUGUUUUGAGGGUUCUUCAAGUUUCAUCUUUGCUAAGAAAUUGCAAAUGUUGAAGUCAAUAUUAAAGGGAUGGAGUAAAGAGACUUUUGGGAAUUUGGAUAAGAAGUUAAGGGAACUGGAAGUACUAAUUGACAUUCUGGACAAGAAGGAAGAGGUAUCAGCUCCUAUUUCAGAUGUGGAGAUUUUGGAGAGGGCUAGUCAUCGUCGACAUUAUAAUGAAGUGCUUGUCUUGAUAGCGAAGAAGUGGAAAUUAAGGGCUAAAAUCCGUUGGCAUGAGGAUGGGGAAAGGAAUACAAAGAUGUUUCACAAAAUAGCGAAUGGGAACAGAAGGAAAAACGCCAUGUUUAAGUUGAUGAUUGGUACAGAGGAGGUUGUGUGUCAAGAUCGAAUUAUCAAAGAGGUGACUGAGUUUUAUGAGAAGUUGUAUACUAGAGAUCAGGAGGAGGAUGUUGACCUGGAAGAGCUGUCUUUUUCAACUAUUUCAGAGACGCAGAGCACUUGGCUUGAAAGAGAAAUUUCUGAAGACGAGAUCAUGUCGACUAUCAAAUCAUUCAAGCUGAAUAAGUCUCCAGGGCCCGACGGGUUUCCGAUUGAGUUUUACAAAGUUUCUUGGGAAGUUAUUAAAAACGAUUUUAUGAAAGUGGUGAAGGAAUUUAAUGAGAUUGGGGGUGUCAAUUGGCGCUUAAACUUCACUUUUCUUUCAUUGAUUCCGAAGAAGAAAGAUGCUGUUCAGUUGAAGGAUUUUCGGCCUAUUAGCCUGGUCAGUACUAUCUAUAAGAUCUUUUCAAAAGUUCUCGCCAAUAGAUUAAAGGUGGUUAUCCCAAAUCUGAUUUCUCAAUCUCAAGGUGCCUUUCUAGCCGAGAGACAGAUAUUAGACGGAAUCUUAAUUGCAAAUGAGCUAAUUGACUCUAGAAAGAUGCAGGGAAAAGAAGGGAUUGUGUGCAAGUUGGAUAUGGAAAAGGCUUACGACCAUGUUCUCUGGGGAUCCGUAGAAGGUGUGCUUAAGAAGAUGGGGUUCGGUUUGAAAUGGAGAAGAUGGGUUAGAAAUUGCAUUUCAAAUGCUAGGUUUUCAGUUAUCAUCAAUGGAGCAGCGAAAGGGUUCUUUAAAUCUUCUCAGGGUCUCCGGCAGGGAGAUCCUCUAUCUCCGUUCUUAUUCCUAUUGGUGGCUGAAGUUUUUAAUAAACUUAUGAAUAAUGCGAAGUCUGAAGGUUGUCUAAAAGGUUUUUAUGUGAAAGAAAAUGGUAUGGAAGUCUCUCAUCUUCAAUUCGCGGAUGACACAAUUGUAUUCCUAGAUGCGAAGGUAGAAGAAGUUCAAAAGCUUAUGGAGGUGUUAGAGAGUUUCAAGGCCAAAACAGGUCUGAAAGUUAACCUCUCUAAGAGUGCCAUGAUGGGUAUUGGGGUUCAGCAGGAAUGUAUUCAAGAAUGUGCAGGAUUAGCAGGGUGUGCAGUUGGAGAGUUUCCAAUUUCUUAUCUUGGGAUUCCUAUUGGGGCGUUUACUAGACUAAGAUCUGUUUGGAAUGUUGUGAUUGAAAGAAUGAUUCUGAAGCUAGCUCCUUGGAAGACAAGGUACCUCUCGAAAGCCGGAAGGGUUGAGCUCAUCAAUAACGCGGUAGCAUCCAUCCCUUUGUAUUAUCUUUCACUUUUUCAAAUGCCUAUUUCAGUAGCGAAGAAAUUAGAAAAACUGAUGCGGAAUUUUCUUUGGGGAGAUACUAUUAACAAGAAAAGCCUUCAUUGGAGGUCGUGGAAAAAAGUUUCUGUCCCUAAGAGUGAAGGCGGUCUGGGCAUCAGAAAUUUAAAGGUUACCAACGACGCUCUGUUAACAAAGUGGUUGUGGAGAUAUGGAGAGGAGAAGAUGAGUUUGUGGAGGAAAAUCAUUUUUGAGAAAUUCGGCGGCAUUGAAGAAGUUUGGUUACCUAAAGACUCAAAAAGAACGUAUGGGUGGGGGUUAUGGCGGGGUAUUCUCAAUCAGUCUGCUUUCCUUAAAAAUGGGUCCAAAAUUUCAAUAGGUAGAGGAAAUAAGACGAAUUUUUGGGAUGAUGUUUGGUGUCAUGAAAAAACUCUUAGAGAGUUAUUUCCAAAGCUAUGGAAAAUCAGCAGAAAGAAGGAAGCUACAGUUGAAGAUAUCUACAUCGAUGAUGGGGCUGGACCGUCUUGGAACAUUGACCCUUGUAGAAGGCUUAAGGAUCAGGAAAUUCAAGAUGUUACAGAAUUCUCUAGACUUUUAGACGAUCGAAGAGCUCCUGUUGCAACCGAUGAUAAACGGGAGUGGACUUACAGCCCCAAAGGUAUGUUCUCUGUUAGUUCUUGCUAUGCUUGGCUUAUGCAUGAUCAAGGACAUAUCACUCCUCCAAAAUUUCCAUCUAAAUACAUUUGGAACAAGACAAUCCCUCCUAAGGUUAGUUUUUUGGUUUGGGCUGCUGCAAAUAGAGUUGUUCCCACUCUUUCUAUGUUGUCGAGAAGGGGUAUGAUAGUGGUGAAUUUAUGUGGGUUCUGUGAUAAUAAUGAGGAAUCGGUUGAACAUUUGUUUCUCCACUUCCCUUUCAUUUGGAAGAUUUGGGAACAUCUUCUUCAACAGCUGGGUUUUGCCUGGGUUCAUCCCACAACCAUUAUUGAUUUCUCAUGGAAGUGGAAAUUGAAGUUUUCGACCAAACCCCUUGUGUUCUUACGAUAUUGUCUUCCGUUUGCUUUGUGGUGGGUGGUGUGGUUGGAAAGAAAUGACAUUCAAAUAGCGAAGAAGCAAGGGAGGAAAACCUUAAACUCUCUUAUUAUAGAUAUAAAGUUGUUGUUGCUUAGUUGGUAUGUUAAUGUUGAUUCAUUCAAAAACAUGAAGUUAGAUGACUUCGUUUUUGAUUGGAAAAUCUUAUUUAGAGAAUAG